UCCAGCAAGCACAGCCUGCCCUGCCUGCUUGGCUAGUCGCUGGAAAAGGAAGGGGGGUAAGCCCGCUCCUGCUUUUAACCCCUCAGUGCGCCACCACUGAACCACCAAUGAUAAUCUUCCUUAAGUGGCGACGCAGGCAGCCAGCCCAUUGGAGGGGGGGUUGCACCGGACCCGACCAGCUCACACCAACUCCAUGGGAUCGCAGGGGGUAUUAACUCCCUGCUCCCUACUGGAACACUAUACCGCACUACAAUAAAGUUGUUCUCUUCACUACCCUAAGGUGGCGCUUAUAUACGCUUAGUCGUGAAGCCACCGUCAUCGCGAGAUGAGGCUUGUGACUUUGGCAUUAGCUGUCAGUCAGGAGCCAGGGAGCUGGAUGUUUGUUGCGGGACGUUUGAGCAGCGAUCCAGGACUACGGGUGUUAUUAAGAAAAUCGGAACUGUCCCGCGGGAAGCGGGGUUGUUGGGCGCUAUGACUAAGGUCUCGCUUUUUUCUGUGGAUGUUGAGUAGGUGACAACAUCAUGAAAAAGUUUUCUCGGAUGCCGAAGUCGGAGGGUGGUAGCGGGGGCAGUGGGUCCAGCCUAGGUGCGGGCUCCUCGGGCACCUCAAGCAUUGGAGGUGUGAAUGUUGGAAGAUGCUUUUGUAUUGGGCGCUACCAGGUCACUGUAGAAGAGCUUUUGGCUGAAGGGGGCUUCUCGACUGUUUUCCUUGUGAGAACUCAUGGAGGAAUAUGUUGUGCAUUGAAGAGAAUGUAUGUUAAUAAUGUCCCUGACCUUAACAUUUGCAAGAGAGAAAUAACAAUUAUGAAAGAACUAUCUGGUCAUAAGAACAUUGUUGGGUAUUUAGACUGUGUCAUUAACUCGGCUGGGAAUAAUGUAUGGGAGGUCCUUAUUCUAAUGGAGUAUUGCAAAGCUGGUCAGGUAGUGAAUCAGAUGAAUCAGAGACUUCAGUCUGGGUUUACAGAACACGAGAACCUGAGGAUUUUCUGUGACACCUGUGAGGCAGUAGCGCGACUUCACCAGUGCAAAACCCCAAUUGUGCACCGUGAUCUCAAGGUUGAGAAUAUUUUAUUAAAUGAUAAUGGAAAUUACGUCUUGUGUGACUUCGGAAGCUCUACAAACAGAAUUCUUCACCCACAAAAAGAUGGUGUGAACAUUGUGGAAGAAGAAAUUAAAAAGUACACAACUCUUUCUUAUAGAGCUCCUGAAAUGAUUAACCUCUAUGGAGGAAAGCCAAUUACCACAAAGGCUGAUAUUUGGGCCCUGGGCUGCUUACUGUACAAACUAUGUUUCUUCACUUUGCCUUUUGGUGAGAGCCAGGUUGCAAUUUGUGAUGGAAAUUUCACAGUUCCAGACAAUUCACGCUAUAAUCACAAAUUGCACUGUUUAAUUAGAUACAUGCUGGAACCUGAUCAGGAGAAAAGACCUGACAUAUAUCAAGUAUCUUAUUUUGCCUUCAAGUUAGCCAAAAGAGAUUUAUUACCAAACAUAUAUAACUCUACAAUUCCACACGUGCUUCCGGAACCCAUGACAGCUAGUCAAGCAGCUUCAAAAAAGUUCCAAGUAAAAGCAAGAAUAACAGAUGCACUUGGGCCGACAGAAACUUCAAUUGCGCCGAGACAGAGACCUAAGGCCAAUGCAGCUUCAACAAACGUGCUUACGAUUCAUAGUUCAGCAACCCCAGCAAAGAUGCCUGGUCAUGGUGUUCAGGCUCAUCACAGCCCAAACUCAGCAGUACGGUCUGAUAAUGGUUGUGAAACCAUGCUGGCACAGGGAGGCAACCAACAGCCUCCACAACAGCACAGAGUUUUGCAGCAGCUGCAACAGGUUGACUGGAGGUUACAACAGCAGCAUCAGUUAAAGCAGCAGCAACUGCUCCAGGAAGCCUACAUGCAGCAGUAUCAGCAAGCUCUUCAACAGCAGAUUCUGCAGCAGCAAUUCCUGAUGCAUUCCUUUUACCAGCAGCAACAACCUCCACUUACAUUUCCAACCAUGGUUCAUCAAUAUCAACAGACACAUAUUCAACCACAAGUCCUUGUUCAGCAUCAGCCGCAUGUUCAGCACCUAAGAUCCCCACAAGAGCUUACACCAGUUUCAUAUGUUUCAUCACUACCUGAACAAGUGGGAGGACCAGGAAACUCAUCCAGUACCAAAUCUGCGACCAUUUCAGGGAUGCAAACUGGUUCUAGUGUUCCAAAACACAACAGCAGCAACCCACCGGAUAUGUCUGGGUGGAACCCGUUUGGAGAUGACAAUUUCUCUAAGUUAACAGAAGAAGAAUUACUGGACAGAGAAUUUGACCUUCUGAGAUCAAGUAAGGGGCGAUUGAAGGCCUAUUUUGCAUCACAAUAAGUGGACCAAUCGUUAACGGCCAGAGACUGCACUGGCACAUGGACCACAAACUUUGCAUAAAAAAAAAUAAACAAAACUUCUCUUUCUAAGUGUCUUAGGGCAACACUGAGUUCUGUGUUCAUCAGGAACACAUUAUAUACUCGAGCUACAAACAAAAUACUCCGCUAUGAAGCAAUCCCCUAUUCAUACACUGUUAUACUGAACUUCUGCUGCAAGCACAAGAAAACUCUAUAUAUCCUCUCUGCUUCAUUUCAUUUUGUGCAUUGUGUCUAACCAGUGAUGCCCUUUGACAGUGCUUGAAAGAAGAGUUGGUCCUUUUCACAUUAUGUUAAUGUUUGUAAUGUUCAUCUGAGAAGCUGCUGCCUGUAAGAGUCACUUUCUUGUCCUCUAACACAGUGAUAGCUGAAUAAACCAUUUAUCCUA